AUGAGCAGCGACAAUGGCGUCAGCUCGGAUCCGAACUCGUAUGGCGGCCCGGCGGCGGCGCCGGAGCGGCUCAGCAGCUUGGUCUACGGCCUCGGCGUCUCCGCCGGCAUCCUCCUCCUCAUCACCACCAUCACCUUCAUCUCCUUCCUCUGCAUGCAUGCUUCCGCGGCCUCCGCGCCGUCCCCGGCGCAGCGGCGUCGGCGUCGGGCUGAGGAGGAGGCGGCGCCGCCGGGGGUGGAGUGUUCCGGGGGGCUCGACGAGGCGACACUGGGGGGCUACCCAAAGGUCGUGUACGCGGAGGCCGGGAAGAGGGGGAUGCCGUUGACGGCGGCCUGCUGCUCGAUUUGCCUGGCGGAUUACCAGGCCGCCGACGUGCUCCGCCUCCUGCCGGACUGCGGCCACAUUUUCCACAUCGACUGCGUCGACAUGUGGCUGAAGGCGCACCCAACCUGCCCCGUCUGCCGGUCUUCGCCGGUGCCCACCCCGCUGCCGACGCCGCUUGCCGACGCUGGGCCGCUGGCCACCACACGGCAGUCGUCGUCGUAUACAAUUAAUGUAAUUAACCAUUUAUAA